AUGGCGAACGUAGACGUGAUAACUGAGGCAGGCCCUGAGGUUGAGAACAAGACAGGAGUUCUGGAUCCAGAGCACAGGGAUUAUCUGCUGUCCCGACACAAGACAUUGGAGCUUCACCCAUUUCCAAGCAGAGAUCCGGCGGAUCCUCUCAACUGGCCCGAUUGGAAGAAAAACCUGAACCUCUUCUUAAUCGCCUUCCAUGCCAUGAUGACGACGUUUAUAGCGGCUGGAAUUAUCCCUGCCUACGAGCUGUUUGUCAGGGACUUUGGGAUCACAAUCUCCCAGGCGUCCUACUUGACCAGCGCGCAGGUUCUGAUUUUGGGACUGUCGCCCCUUUUCUGGAAGCCCGUUUCUGAUCGCUGGGGCCGGAGACCGAUUUGGCUGAUCUCGACGUCUUGCUCCAUGAUAUGCAACAUUGGCUGCGCCGAGAGUCGCACCUAUGCCGCCCAGGUCGUGACCCGGAUCCUGGUGGCCUUCUUCAUCUCCCCGGCGAUUGCAAUCAGCAGCGUUGUGGUUGCCGAGACAUUUUUUGCCGAGAACAGAGGGCAAAAGAUGGGCAUAUGGACGCUCAUGGUAACACUAGGUGCACCGACCGGGCCCUUCCUUUUAGGCUUUGUGGCUUAUGCGACGGACAGCUGGAAGUGGAUCUACUGGAUCUUUGCCAUCACGAACGGCGUGCAAUGUAUUGCCUACUUCAUCUUCUCCCCGGAGACGCUGUUUGCCAGGGAGGGAGGAGUCAAGCUCAACAAGAAGCGCACUUUCUGGCAUGAUCGUUUAAAUUUUCGGCUCGGAGGGCAACCACACAUUGUUGCUUCAGAUUUUGUCUCUCCGCUCAAGCUGGCAUCCUACCCACAUAUUGUUAUUCCCGCGGUUGCAUAUGCCAUCGUUUUCAACUUUGCUAGCAUCCUUGCUACUGUUGAGAUACCCCAGAUAUUCACACCAAAGUUCGAGUUUAACGUCCAGCAAAUUGGCUUGCAGUUCAUCGGCAUUAUUGUUGGAUCGCUGGUUGGAGAAGUCCUUGGUGGACUUGGAAGUGAUCAAUGGAUGCGUUAUCAGCAUAAACGCAAUACUAGAUCACGCAAAGUCACGCCCGAGGAUCGCCUGUGGGUGGACAGACUGCAGUCGUACAACGUAACGCCAGUUGUUGGUCUUGGCAUAGCAGCAUUUGGGAAUCAGGUCAUUUCUACGGUGCUCGUGACAUAUGCGGUAGAUUGUCACGACGAACUUGCGGCUAGUAUUGGAGUGUUCAUCAAUUUCGUGCGCAGCACAUGGGGUUUCAUCGGUCCCUUCUGGUUCCCAUAUAUGUUCUCCAGUAUUGGGCUUAGUGGAAGCGGUGGUUUGAUGGCAGGAAUCAUCGCAAUGUGUGCAAUCUUACCAAUCAUGUUCAUCCACUGGAAGGGUCGAGCUUUGCGGAAGAAGUGA